AUGAUUAUCUACAAGGACAUCAUCACCGAUGACGAGAUCAUCUCCGACACCUACAAGCUCGUGGCGGACGGCCCUGUGCUCUGGACUGCCGACUGCCGCAAGUACCUCAAGGGUGCCGAGAACAUCCAGCUCGAGGGUGCCAACCCAUCUGCCGAGGAGGGCGAAGAGGAUGGCGGCGAGGGCGAGAAGGUCAUGGUCCACGACAUUGAGGACCAGUUCCGUCUCGUCUGGCUCAAGGAUGAGGAUGGGCUAAAGCCCUCCAAGGAUGGCUUCAAGUCUCACCUCAAGUCCUACGUCAAGGCUAUCAACAACAAGCUCAAGGAAAAGGGUGCAUCUGAGGAGACCAUCAAGGAAUUCCAAGGUGGCGCUGCCGCCGCCGUCAAGAAGAUCCUUGCCAACUACGACAACUAUGAUGUUCUCAUGAACCAGUCCAUGGACGCCAACGGCAUGCACGUCCUCAUCGAUUUCCGUGAAGACGGUGUCACCCCGUACGCUACCGUCUGGAAGCACGGUCUUGUGGAGAUGAAGGUCUAA